AUGGCCAACACACCCGAGAGCGAGGAGUACGAGUCUGAUGUCAGCUUAGACGAGGAAGACGAGGAGUUGGUAUGGAGGGUGUUUUUCAGCCACUUGGAGAAGCAUGGCGAUCAAGACAUUGUCGAUGAAGCGACCUAUACUUUGGCUCAUGAUUCUGAGGAUCAGCCGCAAGAAGCAGAAAUUGAUGAGGAAGAAAUGGCCAUGGUCAGCGACCUUCUUCGCGAGCUAGACGACCCUGCACUCACGAAGCGAUUUGAGGAAGCUCGAGAUCGCGGACUGACAGACAGCCUAAACGAAGAAGAGCAGCGACGAUUAUUGAUUGCCAAUCUAACCGACGACCAAAUGGAGAGGUUUGAGUCCUACAGAAGACUGACUAUAAACAAGUCUGGCAUCAAACGAAUUUGCAACAGUAUCGUGGGCCACUCUAUACCGCAGGUGAUUGCAACCGUUAUGGCGGGGGUCACCAAGCUGUUUGUCAGCGAGGUCAUCAGCACUGCGCUAAGUUUGCAGGAACGAGAGCAUAAGGCGAAACUCUUGGAGGAUAUUGUGGAGAGCAAAAGGCGGAAACUAGAGGCAAUGAGAGAACCCAGCAAGGCCGAGAAUGAGAAUGAGAAUGAGAAUGUUAAACAAGACCGCCUCAAGUACGAGGGGGAUAAACCUACACCUUUGAACGCUCGGCACAUACGGGAAUCCUGGCGAAUUCUUCAAGCGCAAAGUAGUGCGGCCCUGACAUUUGACAGGCUCCAUCAAGACUAA